GACACGUGGCACUAAUCCCUCUCAUCACCAAAACUACAACACUCUCUUUUUCCCCAAAUCUUUUCAAAAAACACAAAUCAAUGGCUUCUCCAACCCUAAUUACCCCAUCUACUCAACCCCCAAAUCCCUCAUCACCCCAAUCCGAUCAAAACUCAUCACCUCCGUAACCACCACCACCAUCACCCUGCCGCCGCGAAUUCCUCUCUCUGUCCGCCGGAAUCCUAUCUCCAUCCCUUCUCCUUCCCGCCACGUCAGCAUUCGCAGCUACCGACGAGGAAUACGUGAAGGAAGCAUCGGAAGUGAUACAGAAAGUGAGAUCUACGUUGAAUAUGGAUAAAGGAGAUCCGAAUAUAGCUGAUUCAGUUGCUGAGUUAAGAGAAGCGUCGAAUUACUGGGUUGCAAAGUAUAGAAGAGAGAAAGCUUUGUUGGGUCGGGCUUCGUUUCGUGAUAUAUAUUCGGCACUCAACGCUGUUUCGGGCCAUUAUGUUAGUUUCGGGCCGACUACUCCGAUUCCGGCGAAGAGAAAGGUGAGAAUCUUAGAAGAAAUGGAUACCGCUGAAAAGGCUUUAAAGAGAGGAAGAUAAAACAAAAGCCAAUUUUUUUUUUUGGAAUUAUUUAAAUUUUUCUAUAUUUAAUUUUCUGACUAUGAAAAUUAUAUAAUUAUAUCAUGAAGAUGAGGAAGUUGAAUGAAAAGUCUAAAUUUAAUUUUCGA